AUGCCACGAAUGUACAGGCUGCUGUGCUUGGGAUGCCUUCCUGCCCUUUGUGGCAGCGAGGCACUUGAGCCCAGCAACCAGAAAGCUUCAAAGAAGAAGCGCCGUGGGCCUGCGCUGCGCAAGAUACCUGCCAGGACCUUUCUCAUGGGAGGUGACGAGCUUUCCGGAGCUCCUGGCACAAAACAGAUAUCGCUGCAGGCAUAUGCGAUCGAUGAGACGCCGGUCACGAACUCGCACUUCCGUGAGUUUGUCAAAGAAACCAAGUUCAAGACAGAUGCCGAAAGAUAUGGCUGGAGCUUUGUGCUGAACAGCUCCUUGAGCCAGGCCGUGCUGCGGGAAUCCCCGCAGCACAUCGAGAGUGCACCACACUGGGUCGCUGUCGAAAACGCUUGGUGGCGACAUCCAGAGGGGCGGGAUUCCUCGCUGAAGGACAGGUGGGAAGACUACCCCGUCGUGCACAUCAGUUGGACCGAUGCAAAUGCUUAUUGCGAAUGGGCUGGCAAGCGGCUCCCGACUGAGGCCGAGUGGGAGAAUGCGGCGAGGGGAAAGCGGAAGGAGUCUCUCUACCCAUGGGAGGACUCCGAUGUGCCAGGUAAGGGAAGGUGGAAGAUGAACAUUUGGCAGGGCCGCUUUCCUUUUGAGAACUUGCUAGAGGAUGGCUACCAUGCCAUCAGCCCCGUCAAGGCGUAUCCUGCAAACUCCUACGGCGUAUUCUCCACGGUUGGCAAUGUGUGGGAGUGGACUUCAGAUCCCUUUCCUGGCAGCAGGCCGGAAGAAGAGCCGCAGUGGACUCUGAAGGGCGGGUCCUUCAUCGACAGCCCCGCUGGAGAGUUCAAUCACAAGGCGACUGUUGUGACCCGCAUGGGGAACACCGCAGACAGUGGCAGCUACAACACCGGGUUCAGAUGCGCAUCUGGCAAGGGAGGUGGCGGUCGAAAGCGCCCUCCAGAUCAAAAGGUCUUGGAGAAGCUAGCAGAGGAGGGUGGCAUCGAGGCCGUGCAGGAGUUUUUGGCGAAGAGCGGACAAAGCGCCCAGGUGUUCACGCCUGCGGAGCUUCAGAAAACACGUGAGGAACUCCGAAAGCAGCAGGAUUCGUCCCGAUCUCCUGAGCUUUGA